CAAAAUAAAUCACGACGUUUCGGACGCAACACAAGCGCAAGAACCAAAGAAUAUGAAUUCCUGCAGUGACGGAAGUUUUAAGUCAAAAUCAUACAAAAUGUUUGGCUAAUUCCAUCAACGGGUCUUUGGCAUGUCAUGGGAAACCGGAGUAUCUGAAGAAAAUCCACCACGUGUACGAGGGGAUAACCCUUAAAGCUGUGCACAGAUGGGUUCAUGAAUACACUGCACUGUCCUCCCCUGGCAUCCUCAAUCCAAGGGGGUUUGAGAGUUUUACAAAUCUCUACGCGAUCCACUGACACUUCCCUCCCAAGCGCUAAAUCACAGGAGCACAUUACCAUCACCACUCCUGGACAGGGAACUCCGGUUAAGGACGUGGUGAUCGGGUCUGACGCGCCCAGCUCCCUGCUGCUGUCCAAGCAUGCGGACUACAUCGCCGAGUACGGCUCCAAGAAGGACGACUAUGAGUACUGCAUCACGGAAUACCUGCGCAUGAGCGGCGUGUACUGGGGCCUCACCGCCAUGGAGCUCAUGGGCCAGCUGGGCCGCAUGGAUCGCGACGAGAUCCUGCGCUUCGUGUCCGAGUGUCAGCACGAGUGCGGCGGCAUCAGUGCCAGCCAGGGUCACGACCCCCACCUGCUCUACACGCUCAGCGCCGUGCAGAUCCUGGUGCUGUACGACAGCCUCUCGAGCGUGGACGUGGAGAAGGUGGUGAGCUAUGUGCGCGGCCUGCAGCAAGAAGACGGUUCGUUCGCUGGCGACAAGUGGGGGGAGAUCGACACGAGGUUUUCCUUCUGCGCUGUGGCGACGCUCGCACUGCUGGGCCGCCUCGACGCCGUGGACGUGGACAAAGCCGUCAAGUUUGUCCUGUCCUGCAUGAACUUUGACGGCGGCUUCGGGUGCCGCCCAGGCUCGGAGUCCCAUGCAGGCCAGAUAUACUGCUGCGUAGGCUUCCUAUCGGUGACCGGGCAGCUUCACCACAUCGACGCCGACCUGCUGGGCUGGUGGCUCUGCGAGCGGCAGCUGCCUUCCGGCGGGCUCAAUGGACGACCGGAAAAGCUGCCGGACGUGUGCUACUCGUGGUGGGUGCUUGCAUCACUGCAGAUGAUUGGACGCCUGCACUGGAUCGACCCCGACAAACUGCGGCGGUUCAUCCUCGCGUGCCAGGACGAGGAGACGGGGGGGUUUGCCGACCGCCCGGGAGACAUGGUGGACCCUUUCCACACGCUGUUCGGCAUCGCGGGGUUGUCCCUCCUGGGAGAGGCCCAGGUGCGGCCCGUGAACCCCGUGUUCUGCAUGCCCGAGGAGACGCUGAGGCGGAUUGGCCUGGAUCCCGACAUCUUGGACUAGGGUGCCGCCCCCCCCACCUCGCACAAGUCACGGGACACGGAGGCGUCGCAGCCGCCCUGGUUCCAGGAAAGCCGGGUCCCAGGCACGUGACCAAUCUCAGCGCCAACGCGAAACUUGACCAACAGGCAUGUGAACGAUGGACAGGGUUAAUAUAUAUUUUGGUUCUUUCGGUAAAGUCACGUUGAAGGGAAACAAUAAAAUAAUAAAUAUAUAAAACAAUUAAAUUCUCACAACAUUUCG